CAUGAUUGUCUUGAGAAUCAAAUUGAAGCUUCCCCCCAAAACACUGUAUUUCAAAAGUCUAAGCUCAAGUUACCGAGGUUUAGAACGUGCAUGCUACUGGUGUGGUCUGUAGUGCCAUCGGCUCCUAGCUAUAAAUUAUUGAAGCGCGUACGCAGUGGGCUUUUAUCUGGAAUACAAUGAGAACGACACUUUUCCCUCGCUAUUAGAUCAAUCGAAAAUGAUCUCCGAAGCCCUUGUCUCGCUCCUCGCAAUAACACAAACCACAGAUCUUGCUGCUCGGUUCACCGGCGUCCACCCCUUCCUCCCCUUACUAUCAGCAACCCGAUUCGGCACUAUAGGCGGAAUAUCCCAACCGAAAAUCCUACUCGAGCUGAAACAAUGCAAGUCAUUCAAUGAUGACUACUGGCCAGCAUAUUGGACUUCACUGGCAGAGUUGUAUCUCCUGCGGCUAGACACUGAGUUAAAAAGGUGGAAGCUUGACCCUAAGCAGGCAUGGCUAGAGAACGAGCCGAAGAGGUCGCCAUCACCGGACCUACUGGCCUUCCUUGCCCAUGGAAGCACCGUUAUUACGCAGACACCGCCCGGUACCGUGAUCGAUGCCAAUGACUCUUUGAACUCCGCCACUCCACCCGAGAUUCUUAGUAGCCGCAUCGCGGUGGAUGCCUUGGUGAAGGCCAUAGCGUACCUCUUCAUCGCAGCUUGGCCAGGUCGGACACCGAACCGGGAUAAGGCAUAUUACUCCUGUGAGGCCCUCUUUGACAUCCUAUUGGAUGCUGUUGCACCGACGAUCGAUCUCAAAGUUGAACGACAUGUUGUGAGGUCACAAGGCGAGGAGAUUAAGGUGUACGGCCUAUUGCCAGAGGCUACUCAACCAAUCGGGAUGCCCGGGGUCCUCUUCACGAAUGGACUCGAAGGCACCAAUGUUGAAAGCAUCAUGACUGUGUUGCGCACACGGUCAGUUGUUUCGAGCGCUUGGUUCUUCAUGGAGAUGCCGGGUACGUAUAGAUACAAGAGGCCGUUGUGUAAAGAUUCCUCGGAGCAGAUAUAUGGUGAUGUGCUAUCAUUCAUCGAAUCCCAUUCAGCCAUUGAUCGGUCAAGGCUGGGAAUGGUCGGGGUCAGUUUCGGUGGGAACUGUGUGACGCGGAUGGCAAUUGCAGAUGAGCGUCUGAAGGCAGUUGUUAUCAACGGGGCACCUUUGGCUCGAUCCUUAAGCCCCACGGGGUCAUUUGGAAUGCCUGAAAUUCUUGUUAGGUCCCUAUUCAAUGUUGUAGGAGCUGGCGGUAUUCAAGCUCUAAUGACGAGCCUUCAUAGCCUUCGUCCUUGUCGGGCUGACAUUGAACGCAUACGCUGCCCUGUUCUUGCGAUUAAUGGCGAGAGGGAUACCUUGGUUUCAACUCAAGACACAAUUGACCUCGCAAAUUGGGCUCCAAGAUCUGAACUCAUGUUAUUUCCCGACGAUGACCACUGUGCUAUGGGGCAUAUUCGGGAGUGGCAGGAGCAUUCCUCGGAGUGGCUCAUGAGGGCUCUUUAGCAGCAGGGAGAUAUUCGAUUAUUAUUUCAAUUAUUGAUUUUCUUCAUUCCCCUAGAAUGCCG